AAAUAUAGUCCAGCUUGCAUGUUUCUCAGUUUAGUUGCUUUAUAGUGCUGCAAUGAGAAGUAGCUUAAAAAGAUUGGAGUGGACACACAAAAAGGCUUGGCUAAAAAUAUUCGGAAACGUUGAUAGCGAUGCCAUGGUAUAGGCAGUACUUUUGGCUUCUGUUGUUCGGAGGCAUUAUCAUUUUAGUGGCAAUCAUCUCCUUCGCUGUAAUUUGUGCGUGUACAACUCGGUUAUCAAAAAGUGUUUUUCGGAUUCAGAAGUCUCUCAAGCGAAAGAAAGGAGAUACAUCUACAAUAGUCACAGAAAAUAGCAUAAAUUACUCGUCAGGGCAAUCUAAAGUCAAAUUACCAAAUCGGACAGAAAGAGAUUUUGCUGUUUCUGAAAUUCCCAUUACAGUCAUGCCACCCAAAAUAUAUGCUGUGAUACAAAAGGGGUCUCCACAGUUGCCUCCACGGGGCUUAUUUAUUUCUGAAAUUCCCAGUCCAGUCUUGCCACCCAAAAUGCAUGCUAUGAUACAAAAGGAGUCUCCACAAUUGCCUCCACGGGGCUUAUAUCCUAAGCAUAAUGCCAAGGCAGAAAAUACUAAUUCAGCUAUUUCUGAAAUUUCCAGUACAGUCAUGCCACCCAAAAUGCAUGCUAUGAUACAAAAGGGGUCUCCACAGUUGCCUCCACGGGGCUUAUAUCCUAAGCAUAAUGCCAAGGAAGAAAAUACUAAUUCAGCUGUUUCUGAAAUUCCCAUUACAGUCAUGCCACCCAAAAUAUAUGCUAUGAUACAAAAGGGGUCUCCACAGUUGCCUCCACGGGGCUUAUAUCCUAAGCAUAAUGCCAAGAAAGAAAAUACAAAUUCAGCUAUUUCUGAAAAUCCCAUUAUAGUCUUGCCACAAAAAAUAAAUGCUAUGGUACAUAUGGGACCUCCACGGGUGCCUCCAUGGGGCUUAUAUCCUGAAUAUAAUGGCAAGUCAGAAAAUACAAAUUCACAUACACCUAACCCAAAUGACAGAUAUUCCAAUGCAUCCUAUGAUUCUGUAGGCAGCAUUUCAGGCUAUUCUAACUACUCUGAUUCAGCUGCAGCAGAUCCUGAAUAUAAUGGCAAGACAAAAAAUACAAAUUCACAUACACCUAACCCAAAUGACAGAUAUUCCAGUCAAUCCUAUGAUUCUGUAGGCAGCAUUUCAGGCUAUUCUAACUACUCUGAUUCAACUGCAGCAGCUUUUUCUAAAGAACGAGAAUAUUUGGAGGUGAUUCCAGAUGUUGACGAUGGGGGCUAUGAUGAUGUGGAAAUAAUCAGUUCAGAAUCGGACAUCAGCUAUCGUUGGAAUAACAAACCCUAAAAACACAGACUUUUCACUACUCACUAAUAAACUGAACUUGUACGAGUGGAAUCUUACCUAAUUGCACACAUGAGAUGACAUUUGUAUAUGUUUUGUGUAGAUAUGAAAAUGUACAAUAAAUUAAAAUAUACUGAAUACAAUAUCAUAGUUACAUAGUUAGUCAGGUUUAGAGUUGAGCGGACACCUGGAUG